AAGGCGGCGGCUGUAGCCGAACACACGCCGCGUCACUUCCAGUUCCGGUUUACAGAGCGAACGCGGGAUAUUUGAAAGGCUCGCUUUUCUUGAUAUCAGAAUCGACUUCUGACAGGUUUAUACAUUUGGUCAAUAGUAAGAGGAGGAGCUGUAGAUAUUUACGAGAGGAAUCCGAGCGAUGUGUAAGGCUCGUAGCCUCGUGUGUAACCGGGAGUGUGUGGGGGAUGGGAAACCCGAGCGAAGCGCAGGUUGUUGAGAUCAUGUGACGAGGUAGAAUCUCCAGUGGAAGUUUUACCUGGAACAACUGAGGAGAGUUUCACUGACUGAGGAAUAUUAUCCACAAGUGCCGGCGCCAUGUCUGAGGGGAAGAAGAGAAGCAGAGGGGGACUUGCUAUCAUCUCUCCACCUAAAAGAAGAUCCCAGAGAAAAUCUACUUCAGACAGUCCAAUCCCAGAACCUAUCAUGAAACGGUCCAUUACGGUCAAGAAAAUAAUGCCCAGAAAAACACUGGCAGCUAUUGUCAAUACGGGAUCUCAGUCCACACCGAAGCAGGUUUCCAAUGUUACUCCAGCUCCAAGGAGAAGUUCACGGAUUUCCCCAAAAAUCCAGAAAGAAAAUGCAUUUUCUGAACAAUCACAGAUAGUCCACAAAGAUGUGACUGACCAAUCUUCUGCUCCUAAAAUCGAUGUUCUAUCUCCAAUUCCUGUCAAUAUCCAAUUAUCUCCUAAGCAGGAUAACAGAGACAUUAUUAUGUCCCAAAAGGUCCGUCGUUCCUACAGUCGUUUGGAAAUGUCCCUCAAUAGCAGCUCAUCUUUAUACAGCCCUACAAGGAAAACUGACUCAUCUGAUACAUCCACUCCAAACGUAGUCCUAAAAUCAGGCCGUAGCUCUUUGUUCGGUUUUGAUAAACUGCUGAACUCUGAAAUGCCGGACGGGGAGUUGAAAAAGAGUAAUGGUGUGACCAGGAAGAAAAAUACUAAAGAGAGGAUCUUGGGAACAGUGUUACCUGAAGAACCAGACCACAACAUUCCUGGGGUUGUGUUGGCAAAGCAGAAAAGGAGAAAACGAAAAGUCGCCAUUAUAGAGAAAUCGGAUCUGGAUGAAUGGGCGGCCUUUAUGAAUGCAGAAUUCGAGGAAGCUGAAAAGUUUGAUCUUACUGUCGAGUGACUGUUCAUUCCUUUGGAUUUUGUGUACAUCUUUUCUCUUUCUAAAUAUGUAUGUUUAGAAGGGUGUGAGUAUAGCAGACCAAUGGUCUCCAAAUUCUCUAUCCAUAAGUGUUCAUAGAGAAGACCUAGAAAGUCAAGUCUUCGGUAUUGGUUGAACUAACGGCAAUGCAGAUUGGCUGAGAUUUCCUUCAUUAAUAGUUUGCCAUCUACAUGUUAAAGCCAUAAAUAUUAAGUUAGAUGUAUUAUACAUACAUGUCUUUUCUAUUUUGUACACCACUGAGCUUAAUCAUGUGCAUGGUAAUGAGAGAGAGCUUCAUUCUUAAGUUUAUUGGGUUAUUCUAAAAGUGAUUUGUUUGUCAAUAUUAACAGCCAGCGCCUAUAGGCAGCUGCAAUAUUGGGCACAGGUUUAUUAUGUGUAAGAUUUUUAUAAGAAAUGUAAGCACUGCACAAAAUGUUUUUAUGUUUGUGUCUAGAGGUUUGUUGAGGGUCUCUGUACUUCUUGCUUACAUUAGGCCAGUAAACGGGACUCUUGUACCCUCUCUAUGUGCCUCACACAGCUCCUAGAAUCCAUUGGUGCUUUAUUAGUCCCAACACUUAACCUCAGACCGCCUCCUGCGACAUAGGUGCCUCCGUCAUCA